GUCAGUGGUUCUGACUGAACUCCCAGGUUAGACCUGUGGAUGGAGAUCCACCUGAGAGACCGCUGCCUGAGCAGGUGGGCAACAUCACAGGACUCUGAGUCUGUGGACGUCUGCGUCCAGAAGGCGCUGGCCGCCGUCUUCCCGCCCUUCCAGGCCUCGGCCCCCACCCUGCUGCCUCAGGUCCUCGCCGUGGUGGACAGCUGUUACCGUGGAGACGGCCUCCGCUUCCUCUUCCACUUCCUGCUUCCUUCCAAGCACUUCCUGCAGAACCUGCAGCAGGCUGCCUGCGCUCCGUUCUCCGGCCUGCUGUUCCGUCAUCCCGGCUGGCCGCUCUGCCUCCAUGACAGGAUAGUCGUCCAUCUUUGUCCUCUGGAUCCGCUCCUCCUCCUUCCAGGAGACUUCUACCUGCUGCUUUCUCCUCCUGCUGCCGCCCACGUCCCCCUUCGCCUGCUCCUGGUCAGCGCGUCAGCGGGCGGCCGCCAUGCGGAGCGGCAGGAGGUGCCGGCCCGGGCCCUGACCUCCAUCUUCAGCAUGGCUUGGCUGGACGCCGAGAACCGGGAGCGUGAGCGACGCGGCGCCGUCGGGCUGCGGCGCUGCCUGUCCGCCCACGGCGACGUCUUCAGGGUCCCCUGGGAGGACGUCGUCCACCCGCAGUUCGUCAGCCGCUCGCGCAGCUCCGCCCCCUCAAGGUCGGACGGGAAGCCCCUCCCCCUCCCAGCUACACCCAGCCGGUCAGCAGCCAGCAGCGACGACUCAGAGGGCGAAUACGUGGAGCUGACGGAGCUGCUGCCGCCGCUACAACCAGCGCUGCCACGCUUCUCCCCACAGAAAGGAUCCCUGACCCAGUCUAUCAGCCUGCAGAACCGGACCAGAACCACAACACACUCCAACACCCACCCGUGGGCCCCCAAGGCUAGCUCACACACCCUGCAGUGCUCCAGACUGCUGGAGGAGAACUUCAGUUCCUCCUCCUGCUCCUCAGAAGGCCGCGGCGCAGCAGGGAGGAGCAGCAUGCACGUUGCAGCUGCAGGAGGUUCCAGCUGUGAGGGUUCCCAUAUCCAGUUACACAUCAACGCUGGUUCUAGUCCAAAAGAACCAGAAAAUCCCUUAGCUUCCCCAGCCCAGUCCUCCCAGUCCAGGUUCCAGAGUGUGCUGCUGGGAUCUGGAGCUGUGUGCCUGCCUGGAACCAGAGACAGAGCAGGCCGGGUUCUUCUCACCGUCUCCACCUGCAGCCCUGUGUGGUCGGAGCCAGGCUGCGAGAGCACUGAGCUGCUCCGCCUCAUGCUGUACUACACCUCCACCCUCAGGGCGGAGGCUCGAGUCAUGGGGCUGACGGUGUUGGUGGAUGCUCGAAGAGCUGCUCCUGCCUGCCUCUUCUCUGCCCUCCAGAUGCUGCGGGAGGACACGCCCAGCUCCGUCCACUCAGUCCUCAUCCUGGUUAACAGAGACUCAUCACUUCGGCUGGAUAAAGCUGCUGCUGCUCAGGUGGAGGUGCUGAGCUCCCUGAAGUCCCUGCAGAGACACGUGGAUCUGCAGCAGCUUCCUGUACAGCUUGGAGGCUCAUUCAGCUUCAGCCAGAGCAGCUGGAUCAGCUUCAGAUCGAGGGUGGAGCAGUUCUCCAGGCAGUGCAGCAGCGUCAUCCAUCUGCUGCAGGAAACUAUCAGCAACCUGCAGAGCACACCUUUACCUGCUGUUGCUGAGGAUGCAGAGCAGCUGCUGUAGCUGCAGGCGGUGAUGUGCACCCUGAAAGACGCCCGCUUGGUGCAGCUGCAGCAGGAGGGCGGGGCCUCUCUGGCCUGGCUGCGCAGGGACGAGGUGAUCUGCUCGGCGGAGGAGCGGCGGGCGGCGGUGGAGGCCGCGGCGUCUCUCUACGAUCAGGUGGACGACCUGCUGCAUCGCCUGGUCACUCUGUCCAACACCAGGACUCAGGAGCUCAGCUUCAUCAUCGAGUUCAGGACCCUGGAGCGUGGCUUCAGCCAGGUGAGACUGAGCAUGCUCAGUGAGGCUGUCAUGGCUGCUGAGGAGCAGCUUCAGCUCUCAAUAUGCAGUAGUCGACAGUAUGUUACUGAAUGCCCUGAGGCAGAACUCACCCCUCCAUGGUUGAUGGAUCAGAACAUCUCUGUGAGGGCGUGGCUGGAGCAAGAGGGUGAACUCUGUCUGCAGUGUCUGAAUGAGCCAGUGGAUUCUCUGGAGCUGCUGAGCAGGAAACAACAGGACUUCAAGGAGUUCUACGCCGCCGCUUACGAGCGCUGCAAGCAGGGCGAAGCUCUGCUGAGCCGGCUGGAGCACUGGGGCGACGUCUCUAAUCCAGACCUGCACACCUACGAGGUCAAAGUUCACUCCUUCUGGGCCCAGCUGCAGGACUUCUCCCAGCGGAUUAAAAGCACCGAGCAGAACAUGGAGCGGGCCGUGCAGCUGUACCGCUUCCUGGACCAGGCCUACGGCUGGGCGCUGGAGGGCCUUCGCCAGCUGGCCUGCGUCUCCAUGGAGGACUGCACGACGCCGGACAAAUGCUGUGCUGUGAUUGGCUGCCUGGAAGACUACUGGUCAAAGCACCCUCCAAUCCCAGAGAGACGCUUCCAGGAGAUGAAGGCGGAGGCGGGGCUGCUGAGGGGGGAGCGCGGCCUCCGCCAGUGGAGCUUCGCCUGGUCCAAGUGUCGAACGGAGAACACGUUUGACAGGAAGAUGGAGGCGGCGCUCCGGACUCGGGACUCCGCCCACCGUUGCCGCACCGACUCUGUCGUCAGCACAAGCUCCGCCUCCUCCAGGAAGUCCACCCUGUGGGGAAUCCUUGAUGUGUCGCCGCCCACCCUGCAGCGCACACCGUUCCUGCGGCGCCUCCUGCGGAGCUCCUCCUCCUUCGAAGAGUCGGUGCGGCCGGACGUCUGCUCCCCCGGCUUGUUCCCGCCCUCCUCUUCCUCCUCCUUUUCCUCCUCCUCUUCCUCCAGGAGGCAGCUGCUGAGGAAGACCCAGAGCUUCGACCGCCCGGCCUCACCCGACCCGUCGCGCUGCGGCGCCAGCCCCCGCACCCUCAGCGAGCCGCCGCGCAGAGGAAACACGGGCGUGUUCAUCCGCGGCCUGGAGGUCAGCAGCACGGAGGCAGCGGACCAGACGCUCCAUCCCAGAACCGGGCAGAACUGGGCGGGUCCACGGAGCCCUGGGACAGCAGGGGGCGCCGCAGGGGGCGGCCGACCCAGAGGAAGUAAACUGCGGCACAUCGUGGAGGAGAUGGUGACCACGGAGCGCGAGUACGUCCGCUCGCUGCGUUACAUCAUCCAUCACUACUUCCCAGAGAUGGAGCGCGCCGACCUUCCUCAGGACCUCAGAGGGAAACGCUCCGUCAUCUUCGGCAACCUGGAGAAGCUGCUGGACUUCCACAGCCAGUUCUUCCUCAGGGAGCUGGAGGCCUGCUGGAAGCACCCACUGAGGGCGCCACACUGCUUCCUCAGACACCAGGAGCAGUUCAGCCUCUACGCUCUCUACAGUAAGAACAAACCCAAAUCCGAUGCACUGCUGGUAAACCACGGCCAGGCCUUCUUCAGGAGGAAGCAGCUGGAGCUGGGCGAUAAGAUGGACCUGUCGUCCUACCUGCUGAAGCCCGUCCAGAGGAUGAGUAAAUAUGCCCUGCUGCUCUCUGACCUCACCAAGGAGGUGGGCGGGGCUCAGGAGGCGGAGCUUGCCGCGCUGCAAGACGCCACCAACAUGGUCAAGUUCCAGCUUCGCCACGGCAACGACCUGCUGGCCAUGGACGCCAUCAGGGAAUGCGAUGUGAACCUGAAGGAGCAGGGUCAGCUGAUCCGGCAGGACGAGUUCACGGUCUGGAGCAGCAGGAGGAAAUGCCAGCGCCGCAUCUUCCUGUUCGAGGAUCUGCUUCUGUUCAGCAAGCCCAAGAAGAUGGAGGGCGGGCUGGACGUCUUCAUCUACAAGCACUCCUUCAAGACGGCGGACGUUGGCCUGACGGAGUCCAGCGGGAACGACGGGCUCCGCUUCGAGAUCUGGUUCCGGAGGAGAACCGCCAAGAACCAGACCUUCGUCCUGCAGGCCGCCUCGGCCGACAUCAAGCACGCCUGGACCGCCGACGUCGCCCGCAUCCUGUGGAGCCAGGCGGCCCGCAACAAAGAGAUGCGUCUGAAGGAGAUGGUGUCCAUGGGAGUGGGGAACAAACCGUUUCUGGACAUCCAGCCGAGCGACGCCGCCAUCAGCGACCGGGCCGUCCAUUACAUCAUGAAGCCCAGAGGCGCCAGAACCAGGGCGUCCAUCGCCGUGGCGACCUUUGACCACUCCCACCCGUUCGGCAGGGCGGCGGCCUCGGAAGCGGCGGCAUCAGGACCGUCAUCCUGCACUCUGCUGGGACCGCUCAACCUGCACAUGUUCAGCCCCGCCGCCUCCUCGGCCGACGCCUCUUUCAGCUCCUCCUGCAUCGAGGAAGACGAGCAGGAGACCAGCAGCCAGCCCUCCAUGACCACCGAGAGCUCCGGCUCCUCGUCCCGCUGCCUCUCUGGCUCCACCGGCUCCGACAGCGGCUGCGCCUCCUCCCACCUGCGGGACGAGCCCCGCCCCUCCUCCGGAAAACGCCACGGCAACGGCGCCUUCGUCUCGGCUGAAGCUGCCACCGUCAUCUGACGCCGCUUCGCAGGCUAGUCCUCUGCUUUUAUUUUGAAGGCUGAAAGAGGAAGUUGUUGCUGUGGUUACUGGGCUGCGAUCUGUCUGCAGGUCUGGCGCUUCCCGGAGGAACGUUGGUUCUACUUCCUGUAAAUAUUCCUGUUCAGCCCGGUCAGCAGGUUCCUUCGGAACCGGCCCGGCGGUCCGACUGUACAUGUGUGUAAUAUUCCUCAGCUGAACGUUGCUGACUCUUUUCUAACCUCACUAAUAAACACGUUUGAUGAAAAG